CCACGAACACGCCAUCAGCCGGCCGAGGCGAGAGAGCCGCCCGCGACGAAGGCGGCGCUGACCACCCACCACCACAGCGCACCGCGGCCGUUGCUGCGAGCCUGGGGGGUUUUUUGCUAGGGUUUUGUUUCACCAAGCCCAGCGGCGGCGGCGGAGAUGGAGGGGGAGGAGAUUGGCCUCGUCCUCGCCCGCGCCUCGGACCUGCGCACCAGGAUAUCCGCCUGCGCCGCGGGGGCGGGGGCGGGGGCGCCGUGUCCGCGUCGGGACGCCGAGGAGGCGGUGGAGCGGCUGGGCGCGGCGGGGGACGACGAGGAGGGAGCCGAGGAGGUGGUGGUGGAGAGCCUGGUCGGCAUCAGCGACGCGCUCGAGUCGCUCGAGCGGCAGCUCGCCGCCCUGCAGGACCUCCAGCACCAACAAAGAUACGAACGGGAGACAAUCUUAAGCCAGAUCGACAGGAGCCGGCAAUCCCUGCUAACCAAGCUCAAAGAAUACAAGGGGCAGGACUGCGAUGUAAUCCACGAGGCUGCUGCCUUUGCUGGUGAGAAAAUAGAGCAUGACGACGGUCUCAUCCUGCCUCCAUACUCCAACCACGUCACCAAUUCGUUUGUGCUCGACGACCUGUACCCUCUGAGCUACAUGUCCAAGUCCAAGCACUUGCGCAAUGGACUGGACUCCAACGCAACGGCUCAAGAUGGUACGAGAACAAAUGGGCUGGGGAGCAGGAAUACUGGGACUACGAAGCGCAGUUUCGGAAGAGGGAUCGGAGCCUUCAUCGGAUGGGUGGCUAAGACAGCGGUCAUGGUCGUAGGCGCCGUGUCAAUCAUGAAGGCUGCUGGCUACGAGCCUGUGAUGGGGCAGAACACCAUCAAGCUGGACAUCGCGGGUCUGUUUGGUGGUGGUAAGCAGGUGAACAGCGGAGAAGAGCAAAGCGCUCCUCUGCGGUGCCCUCCUGGCAAGGUGAUGGUGCUCGAGAACGGCAGGGCGCACUGCGUCGUGAAGGAAAGAGUGGAGAUACCUUUCGACGCCGUCUUGGCGCCGCCAAGUUCAAGGUACGGUUUAGGCUGAAAUCUGCGUGUGUGUGAAUAGUAGGAUGUAGCUCUGUCUGUGCCCUGUGGGAGCUGCUUAGUAGCUGGGGAAUGGUUCUUUGUAAGACGUAUUGCUGGGAGCUUUCUUUGUUUGUUCCUUCCGCGUUUGACGCUGAACAUGGGCACGCAUGGAGACGUUGAAGCUAUGUAUCAUGGGAAUAAAGCCCUUUUGCUCUUCCACUGUUGUUGUGGUGAGCUCUUAUAUUUGGAUGCUAUAUGAGCUAUCACGGUAUCAUUGCU